CACUUCCCCCAUGGCCACCAGCAUGGCGAACAGCACCGCGCCAGCAGUAAAGGUGACUGCGACCCCAGGCCCUGCUGGAAGAACGAGUCCGGAGGGAUCUCAGGUGCUCAGUAAGAAGAAGCUGCAGGACCUGGUGAGGGAGAUCGAUCCCAAUGAGCAGCUGGAUGAAGAUGUUGAGGAGAUGCUGCUGCAAAUUGCAGAUGACUUUAUAGAGAGCGUGGUGACAGCGGCCUGUCAGCUGGCUCGCCAUCGCAAGUCCAACACCUUGGAGGUGAAGGAUGUUCAAUUGCAUCUCGAGCGCCAGUGGAACAUGUGGAUUCCUGGAUACGGCUCGGAUGAGAUCCGGCCGUAUAAGAAGGCCUGCACCACCGAGGCUCACAAACAGAGAAUGGCGCUGAUCCGCAAGACAACCAAAAAAUAGCAAGACCGUACACUAAUGUUGGAUCCACUCUGUAUUGUCUCUUGGGAUUUUUUUUCAGUUGGGAUUUUUUGGACAUGAGAGCGAGAGAUGGUUUUAGUGUUUAGUUUUUCAUUAGAUUGUCUCAUUGUCACGUCUCCCUAACUUUUGAGUGGUUUGCCAGCACCAUCGCACAAAAAUGUAAUUCUUGUCUGAUUUUGUUUCGUUGCCAUUAAAUGAAGUCUGGCAGAACUCCAUUCAUUGCAUUUUUGUCAAUAAACAUUUACUGAAAUACUUGUUUGGAUGAUGACAUCGCUCUAUCUGGUUUACCUUUUGGUACUCUAGAGCAUUUAGGAGUGACGGUAAAAGUUAUGUUUGGUGUUCUCUUACCAAUAAUAGAUAAUAACUUUUGAGUAUGUAAGAGAUCAUAGCUCUCCUGUUUACUCACUCCACUCGUGCUACGUUAUUUAUCAGGGUUUUUUUGUUCAGAGGGUCUAUAAUACCAAAUUCCUACUACAAAUGGUGGCUACAAAACACAGUAAAUUCUCUGCUUCUGUUAUUAGACAUGUUUAUGCUGUUUAAUGUUACUGGUUGUAGUAGGUCUAUUACAUUAACAUCUAUUUUAACCAUCCCUGUAAAUUGUAUUUUUAUUUUGGUUUUUCAGCAAAAUUUCAUCAAAAUGAUGGAAGACAUGGUGCUCAGAUGUUGACUUUUCACAAUGUCAAAAAAAUAAGAAUAAAUGAUGUGAAAAAAGACAA